CCAAACAGAUUUGCACGCUCCAGGAAAAAAUGCAGACGCUUCCAAGUCUGAUAUAAUUAUCAGUUAAGCGCGAAGCACGGCCUCGAGUGCAAAACUUGUUCUCGGUCAGGCAGUUCGCGAAAAGUAGUCGCAGCGUUCCAUGGCGAUAUGAUACUGACAAGCACCUGAUAGAUUAUGGACAGCGAUGGCAGGGGCGCGUCAAGGGGCCGCAAUCGCGGAGGCCCGGGCGGCGCGGGCGGAGGUGCUCCCUCCAUGGCCGCUGCUGCUGCCAUGUACUCGUUCCAGACCGCGCCCCACUCCGAAGUGGUGGCUGGACUGCCAAAGCCCGGCCGCCCCGCUGUGAGCCGCCCCGUCACCGUGCCCGACCUGUCCGUGGGCGGCAUUGGCGCGGGGGCAGCAGCAGCGGGGGGAGGAGGCGGAGGAGGAGCAGCGGGAGGAGGAGGCGGAGGAGGAGCGGGAGGAGGAGCGGGAGGAGGUGGAGCGGGAGGAGGUGGAGCAGGUGGAGCGGGAGGAGGUGGCGUGGCGGCUGCGUUGUUUGGAGGCGGGCAGCUGCCUGCGGCAGCGGGGCCGGGGCCGACAGUGCACGGCAGCUACACCUCUGGUAACGGUAACGGUUCCUACGCCAACGGCCCCCACGGCGGCUACUCCCACGGCGGUUACCCCCACGGCAGUUACCCACACGGCAGUUACGCCAACGGCGGCGGCGACCUGACCAGCCGCUCCGUGGACAGCGAGCUGGCGGAGGCGUCGGAGCUGCACUUCUACCGCAACACGCGCAUCCUGCACCCCUGGGAGAUCGCGGGCAUGGGGGGAGGUGGAGGGGGAGGAGGAGGAGGAGGAGGGGCAGGACUGGGGGUGGUGGGAAGCAGUGCCGGAGGAGGAGGAGGAGGCGUGACCGCGUCCGCGGACUUCGCACGAGGCGGCGGUGGAGCCGGCGGGGCUGCCGGCGGCGGCGGCGGCGGCGGCGGCUGGGUGGUCACGGGCGCACACCGGCGUGCCAACUAUAUGGCGGGCGCCAGCGGGCCCGGCGGCAGUAGCAGCGCCGUGGCCGCGGCUGCUACAGCCGCCUGGGCGCGGCCCGCCACGGAGGAGGGGUUCUACGUGUCGGCGGCGCGCGGCAGUCUCAGCGGCAUGGGCGCCAGCGGCAGUAGCGGCACGGGGCUGGGGCUGGGGCUGGGCGGCGUGCAGGGCCCGGCGGCAGCGGCGGCGGCGGCGGCGCCGCCGCCGUGUGCCAUGACGCCCACCAGCGCACUGCUGGAGCAGGCUCGUGCGGGGCAGGUGGUGACCAUUGAGCACAUCCUGGCUGGCACCGCCGCCGCGCCGCCGCGCGGCUUUUCGCCGCCGCGCGCCGCCAAGCCCGACUCCUCCAGUCUGGCGGCGCUGCAGCAGGCCUUUCGAGGGCUGCAGCAGCAGGCGGCGGCGGCGGCGCGAGCCGGCGGCGGAGGCGGCGGCGGCGGCGGAGGGGGAGGAGGUGGAGCGGGUGGCGGUGGCGGCGGUGCCGCUGCCCGCGGCACGCCGUCGCGGGAGGACGUUUGGGAGGUGGCGGCUGCGAUGCUGCGGCAGGUGGCGGCGGUGGCGGCGGCGGCGGGUGGGGCGCCCGGGGCGGCUGCGGCUGGGGAGGCGUCCGGCGGGGUGCGCAGCACGAGCCCCGGCGCGGCGCGGCCUGGCACCACCACCGGCCUGGCCGCGGGCAACUCACACACCACCUUCACCACCUUCACCACCACCAGCAACAGCAACAGCACUAUGAGCCUGGGCCCGCUGUACGGCGGCGCGUCGGCCGCUGCUACAGCCGGUGCCGGUGGUGCUGGUGCUAAUGGUGCUGGCGCUAAUGGUGCUGGUGCUACAGCCGGCGGCGGUGGCUGGGUGGUUGGACCUCGCCCGGGCGUGGCGCCGUUCAGCGAGGAUGACGUGGCGUUCCAGCCGCUGCUGCCGCGUGACGAGGACGGAUACGUGGCGGAGGCCGCCAUCACCGGCCAGCAGGCGGCCCUGGGCACCGCCGUACAAGGCCUGGUGCUGCAGAAUGAAAACGCGCUAUACCACUGUCCCUGGCUACGCCUUCACUUAUUGAUUCAUCACGAACACAUCACCACCACCACCACCACCACCACCACCACCACCACCACCACCACCACCACCACCACCACCACCACCACCACCACCACCACCACCACCACCACCACCACCACCACCACCACCACCACCACCACCACCACCACCACCACCACCACCACCACCGCCACCACCACCACCACCACCACCACCACCACCACCACCACUGGCCUGCAGGUGGGUGUGUCCAGUGUGGAGCGCGCGCACCUGCUCCACGGCGUGUGGGCCACUGCGCGGCAGCUGAUGGCGGCGGCGCUGGCGGACAGGCAGGCGGCACGGGCCAAGCUGGCCGCGGUGCGGCGCGAGGCCGCCGCCGCCGCCGCCCGCGCCUCGCUGGAGGCGGACGCGCUGCGCCAGAACCUGUCCUCCGCCUUCCACCAGAACCAGCACCUGCUGGUGAAGGAGCGGGAGGCGGCGGAGGCGGCGGCGGCGGCCAAGGCCGAGCUCAGCAGGCUUCGCAAGGUGGUUGCUGAGGGCGAGGUGGAGUCGUUGGGGUCGGCACUGGGGGCGCUGAGGGACGCGCACGAGGCGGCACGGGAGGAGCUGGAGGCGGCGCGGCAGCAGCUGGCGGAGCUAGAGGCGGACCUGGCGGACGCGCGCACCGACGCCGCGCUGGCCGCCGCCCGCGCCGCCGCCGCCGAGGGGCAGGCGGCGGCGCUGGCGGGUGAGGUGCGGGCGCGCACGCCGCGGCCGCGCCGCGGGCUGGGCGCACUGGGGGAGCUGCUCACGGAGCCCAGCCAGCAGGCCGCGGUCAUGUCGGCCCUGGCCGCCGGUGUGGCCCCCCUGGAGCUGCACCGCCUGCUACUGGGCCUCACAGCGCCGCUGGAGGGCGCACCCGGCGGCGAGGACAUACGGCCCUGGGCCGCCGCCUGCGGCUGCUGCCGAGCCGUGGUGCCGCCCUGGGCCGACCCCGCGCAGCACGCCGCCGCCACCGCGCCGCCGGCGGACGUGGCGGGCGGGCCGCUGGCGGCGCUGCUGGCGGCGCAGCGGCCGUCUACAAGCAACCUGGCGGCGGCGCUGGCGGCGGGCGGGGUGGGCGGCGGUGGCGGCGGUGGCGGCGGCGGGCGCAAGGGCGGCGGCAUGAGUGCCAGCCAGCAGCUGUCGUACAUGAAGCAACUGCACUCCUGGCUGGCCGGCCUGAUAGAGGGCGGCGACGUGCCAUCACUGCAGCGGCUGCUGCCCGAGGAGGCCGUGGAGGCCAUCGGCUCCAGCCUGCAACUGGGCGUGUCCUCCUCCUCCAUGGCCGCCUGGCUACUCGGCACUCUGGCGCCCCCCGGCGUGCCGCACACACACGCCGCUGGCCCCGGCGGCGCCGCCGCCUCCGCCUCCGCCGCCGCCAACCCGCACGCGCCGCCGCCUGGUCUGGUCUGUCUGGCGCCGUACAAGGACCUGUGUGGUCUGUUAGCCACCAAGUACAACCACACAGCCAACGACCUGGGCGGACCUGUGACGCAGGCCACCUCCCGUCGCGAGCGGCCCCCCCACCCGGUGCAGGUGUUCAUCGAGGCCAAGUGGGCGGACUUUUUCGUGGGACUGGGCAACACCCACUCCGCCGUGCCGCGCGUGCUGCGCACAGAGCCCGGCCUGCGCAUCUUCAACCGCCGCAUGGAGAAGGUGGAGGCUGAGAAGAUGGUGAACGCGGUGUGGGACGCCAAGGACGAGUGGCAGGCCAAGAACCGCGGCGUGCGCAUGACGCUCGCGGACUUCCUGGUUGGCUACAUGCAGCGCAAGUACGUGGCUCCCCGCGCCAUCACGGAGACGGCCUACAACCUGGUGUACACGCUGGGGCAGCACGCCUACGACCCCGACUGUCACCUGUUCAUACGCGUGCUGUGCGGCGAGGUGGACGAGGGCAUCCGCGGAGAGGAGGAGGAGCUCAUGGGCGUGUUCGCUGAGACCAUCCGCACGCAGCACCUGUCGGAGCGGCUGGAGGCGCUGGCGGCUCUGGAGGAGGCGCUGGCGGAGGCGGCGGAGCGGGCGCGGGUGCGGCACGUGGCGCCCAGCCUGUUGGCGGCGGCGGUGCGGGCGGCGGUGCCGGGCUGCACCGAGGACACCGUCAGGCAGCACAUGCGGAUGGUGUACGGGCUGGACGCGCGCGUCAAGGCCGCAGAGGCCGCCGCACCCGCUGCCAACGCCGCCGCCGCCCGCGCUGCCGCCACCGGCACCGGCGCCACCUUCAACCCCGGAGCCGGCGGCGCCCCCGGCGCCCGCCCCGGCGCCGUGCCUGCGCUGCCGCUGGCGGCGGCCCUUGGCGUCGACGACAGCGCCGGUGCUGCUGCGGGUGCUGGGGGUGCGGGAGGGGGUGGCGACGGGCCGUCGGCGCUGGUACCUACGGUGGAGGGUGUGAUGGCGCUGGUGCGGCGGGGCUGGGUGCAGCAGGUGCCCAGCAUCGCCACAGCCAUCACGCAACUGGGUCUGGCCGCCAAGCUGAAGGCGCGUCUGGCCAACAGCAUCGCCGCCAGUGCCGCCGGGGCGGCCGGGGCGGCGGACCCGGGCAAGCAGGGCUCAGCCACCUCCAUGAAACGACUGCCCGGACUGCCCGGACUGGGCGGCGGCAUCGGCACCGGCUGGGCGGCGGCACUGGGGGCAGCGCGCGGCGGCGGCGGCGGCGGCGGCUGCGGCGGCGGCAGUGGCGGCAGUGGCGGUGGCAGCGGCCGCGACACGCCGGGUGGUGGCGGCGGCGGCGGCGGCGGCGACGCGGGGUCUCGUAUGGCUCGUGCGGCGGCCAAGCGGCUGCGAUACCUCAAAGCCAUGGACGCCGUACGCGACUGCUGGAUGCAGGAGGAGAAGACCAAGAUGGAGAAGCUGGUGCACAUGACCUCCACGCCCCGCGGAGGCCCCCAGCAGCAGCAGCCCGACGCGGGCAAGUCCUCCUCCGGGCCCGGCGGCGGCAAGGACCCCAACAGCAAGGCCGGAGCCGCCAACGGCCAACCGAACCGCCAGAACCAGCAGCAGCAGGAUGCGGCGGCGGCGGCGGGGGCGGCCCUGGCCCGGGUGCCCACAGCCGCCGAGUUCGCAGAUGACGACGAUCCAGAGCUGGCGGCGCUGGAAGCUACACAGAAGCUGCUGGCGGCGCAGGUGGCGGCGGCGGCAGCCGCCGCCUCCGGCGGCGCCGCCUCCGGCGGCACCGGCGGCUCCGCCGCCGGCGGCGGCCGAGGCGUGAGCUUCGGCGCCGGAGGCGCCGACGGCGGCGGCGGCGGCGGCGGUGCGGGGCUGACGCCGCGCAGCCUGCGGCGCAACAGCAGCAACGCCAACGCGGGCGUGGCGGCUGCGGCUGCGGCGGUGGAGGAGGUGGGCGAGCGCAUGGCCUGCCUGCGGGCGCUGGAUGGGCUGAUGGUGGCGCUGGCGGAAGACCGGCCGGAUGCGCCCGCGGCGGCCCUGGAUCCGGAGCUGCGGCGCAGUCUGUAUCACGACCCUGCAGACAGCGAUGAGGAUGAUGAUAAUGACCAGGAGGAGGAGGAUGGGGAGGGGGGCGGGGAGGGCGGCAGCGGCCGCGGGGGUGACGGGGACGAGUGAGGGGCGUGCUCGUGAGGGUGCAUGGGGUUGUGGGGCUUGCGGGCCUGAUGCAACCCGUUGGUGCGAGGCAACAGGUCACGACCGGCUCUGCUGUUACCUUUGGGCACUUGUAAUACGGUAGCCCGCUUUUGGGGUCCUUCUAACGCUGGUCAACAAAGUUACCCAUUAUCCAUGAAUCCAUGAUUUGGUUUGUGGAAGCAACGCGGUUGGGGGCAGGCUGGCAUCUGGUGCUGGAAUGUGAGAACCGGCGACAAGCUGUCAAAACACAUUAUCGAAGAUGCUUUACGUGUGUUCAAAUGCAGCAUCAAGCAAGACGAGACAGCAAGUACGGGCUGAAGCAAUAAGGAUGGCGCGUUGCAGUUUGCAAAGGGCUUGGUGUCCUGGGGCAUGUGCUUGUACAUGUGCUUGUACAUGUCCCGCUUGCGAUGUGGCACCUGUGCGCUGCGGGCCGUUCGGAGGGCUCACGUGGUUCGCGUGGAUGUCGGUGUGUACGGGUGGACACGGAGUAGCUUACACACACGCACCGGCAGUCCCGUGGUGAACGGAGCUGCACCGGGCAUGGGCGGCGGGCGUGGGCGGCGGGUGGCGGGCGGGCGUGGGCCGCGAAGUCUUGUGCGUGCCGCGUGCGUGUGUGAGGGUUUGCCACGUGCCAGGCCCUGCCGCAAGGAGCAGGCGUGAGGCCUAACAUCGCCAUCCCAAGGGAACAAGGGAACAUGGAAGAGUCUGGGCGGCCAUGCGGCGUGCAACAGGGGUGUGCGUGUCAUGGAGCAGUCGUGCCUGGCCAGUCAGGCAAGGGCCUGCCAUUCAGCGGGAGUUUUGUAACGGUGUAUGCGC